UGCAGUAAAUCGCUCAGAAACUAAAACUAGUGGUUUACCAUUCACUUUAUAUUAAGCUGUAAAGCUAGUCAUAAAGUAUGCGACAGGAGACUGAAUCAGCUUAAGUAUUCAAUGUGGCCGCGGUGCAAUCUUAAAUAGAUGUGGUAUGUCAUGGCGGUGUGAUUCAUUUGAGCGUUACUUUAAGUCAAUUGGCCAAUUUUAAAAUACUAAACGUCGCGACAAAGGCAAAACACGAGCAUAUAAAAGCAUGAAAGAUAUUAUUUGAAGCCAUAUUAAUCUACAGAAGCUACUGUCGUGUAUUGCGUCCUUCUACUGAACGAUCGCCGGUGUAACAGAGCGGUUACCAUUGGAGACAGGAGACGCCUAAUCAGAUUUGGUUAGCUUUAGCUAGCUAGCUAGCUGCUCUCACAUUUAACGUUAGCAGCAGAGAUUCAGCAUGGCUACAAAGCCGAAGGACAAACCAUCCAAGAUGAGGGGGAUGGCAACUCGCCUUGGACCCUUGAAUCGCUCCUCUGCCACUGAUAACAUCUUCAGUACGCUAGCGGAGGAGGUAAGGAAGGAUGGUGUGGACUCUGAGGAGUCGGAUGUCUCAGCAGCAGAUCCCAGUGACAUACUGAAGAACAUGAAGGACAUGGAUGAUAUGGAUGCUGACCUUUUUGCAUCAAAGAAAAAGCCUAACUCAGCUCCUGCACAAACAAAGCCUUUUGGUAAUGAAGGGCCAAAGAAAGACUCUACUGCAUUAGAAAAUAACGUAAAACCAGAGGGAGCAGAUGAACCUAACACAGGAGGGAAGAAGCCAAACUCCUCCCCUGCACCCGCUCCUUCUACAUCUACAGCACGUAACUACAAGAAGUUCAACUUCUCUGAUCUAGAUGACCCCCUGGCUGACCAGCUUGAUGACUUGCUUCCAGAUGAAACCAAGUCUGAAUCUAAACCUAGCGUGCAGCAGACCAAACCUGAACAAUCUGUGCUAGCUCUUCCAGCAUCUCCAAUCUUUAAGAGUAAAACAUCUAAAGGAGCAAAGACACCAGGUGAGCUUACAUUUGAUGAUGCUAAGGAUGAUAUGAUGGAUGCACUCGGAUUUGACAACGAUAAAAGCAGUCCCAAGAAAAAAGAGACUCUGCUUUGGCCCAACAAAGAGAGGAGUGAGCCCCCUCAGAGAGCUCGUACCAGACUGGACGAGAUUCUGGAGAAUUUGACCCCGUCUCGUCUUCUAGAGCGACCACCCACAGGUGAAAGGAAGGACCAGCCUCUGUCUCAAGAGAAGCAGCAGCAGCAGCAGCAGCAGGAGAAGACCACCAGUGUGAAAGAACCAGUUUUAGAAGAUGAUCUAACAUUUGGGUCCUAUCAGCCUACUUUGGGGUCCACUCCUGAAGGUCGCCAGUCCCGCAGACAGUCUGUCAGAUUUUCCACAGAUGAUGUCAGUGCCUCUACCCCGGAAAAGAAACCAAAACCCGCAACCCCCACCUCCGCUCGACACCGCAACUCAGCCGACUGGUUAGGCCUCAAGACAAAUGGCGAUAAUAUGUUUCUAGAGGAUGACACUAAAGAGACCAAGAUUUCAACAGAGUCUCCAAAGGCUCCCUCCUCUCCCUUAUUGGAGAGAAGGCCUUCUCUGACUGGUAGUCAUAGCAUGUCUGCUGUCACAAUGGCAGCGGAGACCCCAGCCCCGACUGUUAAUAGCACCAAACAAACUAAGCCAGAGGUUUCCAAAAUCCAGAAGAAAGAAGAGGAGGAGGAUGACUGGUUAGCAGGAGCACUGAGCAGGAAGAAGGCUCUCUCAUCUUCUGAGACAAAAAAGUCCAAACAGGAAGAAUCUUUAGGCCUGGGAGAAGAAGUGGAUCUGGAGUCGUUUGUUAGUAAACCAGUCACUUCACAGGCUGCCAUAAGCAGAGAGGACACUCUCACAUCUGUCAAAGAGUCUAGUAACACUUUUCUUGGACGGGCCAGCCCUGCUGCUCACUCCACUCCUGUCAGAGAGGAGAGGACCAAGCAAGCAGUUCCACUGCAAAACACAUCAACUGCUGUCCAGCAACAGGUGACAUUUUCAGCAGACAGUCUGCAGCAGCUGCUACUACAGCAGCAGAUGAUGCAGUCUCAGCUGCUGGGUCUAGGGGGUGUUGGUGAUGCAGGGGUCCUGCAGAGACUCAAAGAGAAAGAGCAUCAACCUGGAGAUUAUCAGGCUUUACAGGCUCGCAUCAUCCAGCUGGAGGGACAGGUGAAGACUCUGCAGCUGGAGCGAGACCAGAGCCAAAUGCUGCUAGAGAGCGUCCAGCAGAGACAUAAACAAGAUAUGGAGCUCAUGGAGAACACACACAAGGCUCGUGUGAAGCUGCUCGAGGAGUCGGCAGCCCAGAGGGAGACACGAGCGCGGCAGGAGUACGAAGACCUAAUGGAACGCCUGGCCACAGUAACACGAUCUGCUGAGCAGGAACGCUCAGAGCUGCAGGCUCAGUACCAGCGCAAACUGGCCCAGGCCCAGCAAGACAGAGACCGCGAAGUAGAGAGACUCAGAGACCUCCAGAGGAAAUCUAUUUUAGAGAUGAAGAAAGACCAUGAGGACCAGGUCCAGAGACUGAAGAGGUUAAAGGACGAGGAGAUUGAUGCAGUUACAAGCGCAACCUCUCAGACCAGGUCUCUUACGGUGGUGAUUGAGCAGAUGGAGCAGUUCUCCUCUCGGCUGGGAGAGCUUUCUUCUCGGGUUGAGAGCACACAUGAACACACGGCUCAUGGCCUGGAGCUGGGGGCACGGCACAGAGACGAGCAGCUAAGAAUAAUGCAGGGCCGUCUGGCUGAGCAGCAGAAAGCCAUGGCUGAGGAGAGAGCUUACCUCAAGGAAAUCAUUUCCAGGAUGGACACUCAGCUCAAUGAGCAGCAGAGACAGCUUGAAAAGGAGCGUUGGAAGAUGACAGCAGAGCAGGCAAAGGCAGAGUCUACCCAAAGAGGCCUGGAAGAAGAGCGGCGUUCCCUCAGCAUGCAGCUGAACAUGGAGAGAGAGGAGCUGGAAAGAGCCAAGAGUGCAUUACUGGAGGAGCAGAAGUCAGUGAUGCAGCAUUGUGCGGAGGAGAGGAGGAAGCUGGCGGCUGAGUGGGCCCACUUCCACGCCCAGGAGAAGCAGAGGCACGAGAGGGCUGAACGAGAGGUCAGCAGUCUCUUGGAGAAGAGAGAGGGCUCCAUCAUCAGUCUGGCAAAGGAACAAGCUGACCUAAAGCUUCGAACUGCAGAGGUAAAACAGAAGGAGAUGGCCAUGGCACAAGAGCGUGAAGUAUUGGAAAGACUAAGGGAAGAACUGGACAGAGAGAAAGAAAAAAUAAGCAGCACAGCCCUGAGACUCAAAUCACGAGCCCAGGAGGUGGAGGCCUUCAGCAAGCUCGCUGCAGAAAAAUACGAGGAAGGAGAACGAGCGUCGCAGGAGGCAAAGCGUGUGGAGGCUGAGCACGAGGCGCGGCUCAGAAAUAUCCAAAUCCAAACAGAGCGGCUGAGGCAGCAAGAACAACGAAUCCUUCAGGAGCGAAUGCAGUUAAAUCAUCUGCAGAAGGAGACAGAACGGCUGAGGCAGGACCCUCACAUCACCUCCUUACCGCAAAUUAUUCCACCCAUUGUACCAGAUUCAGGAUUGGUGUUGCCAAACACUGAGCUAGCAUCGACCCUCAACAUUCCCCCUGCUCCUUCGUUUGCCAGCACUCAGUCCAUGGCCCUUCAGGCCAGCCUGGCUCUGUGGAAGUACACUGCAGAAAAAGACCGUGAGUACCUGCAAGACGAGCAGAUCUUUCUAGAAAAUUUGAAGAAGAAAUCCUACAGAUCUUCUUUCAACACAGACUGACCAAUGUGUGCUGGACACUCCCAACAGGAUAUGUGUUACUCUUAAUGUGCUGAAUAC